ACCAGCAGGAACGGGGUCUCCUCUCGUUUCCUCACCGCCGAUCUUGGGAGGCGGCGGCUGCCAGGGGAAGCAAGCCCGGGGGGGCCUCGGCUGCGGGCCCCGGCAGCGGGGCGGCCCCGCCCCGAGGCAGGACGAUGCCGGUGAAGAAGAAGAGGAAGUCCUCGGGGGCGGCGGCGGCGGAAGACACCGGUCUCAAGAAAUGUAAACUCGGCAGAUCACAAGCAUCUGGUAAAGUAAUAAGUGGAGAGGAACAUUUUUCAAGCAAAAAGUGCCUGGCUUGGUUUUAUGAAUAUGCAGGUCCUGAUGAAGUUGUAGGCCCUGAAGGAAUGGAAAAAUUCUGUGAAGACAUCGGUGUUGAACCUGAAAAUAUCAUUAUGUUAGUUUUAGCCUGGAAACUAGAGGCUGAAAGCAUGGGAUUUUUUACCAAGGAAGAAUGGUUAAAAGGAAUGACCUCAUUACAGUGUGACUGUACAGAAAAAUUACAGAGUAAAUUUGACUUCUUACGGUCACAGUUGAAUGACAUUUCAUCCUUUAAGAAUAUCUACAGAUACGCCUUUGAUUUUGCAAGGGAAAAAGACCAGCGAAGUCUUGAUAUUGAUACUGCAAAGUCCAUGUUAGCUCUUCUGCUCGGAAGAACUUGGCCACUGUUUUCAGUAUUUUAUCAAUACCUGGAGCAAUCGAAGUAUAGAGUUAUGAACAAGGAUCAGUGGUACAAUGUACUAGAGUUCAGCAGAACUGUCCAUGCAGAUCUUAGCAACUAUGAUGAAGAUGGUGCAUGGCCUGUACUUCUGGAUGAAUUUGUUGAAUGGCAGAAAGUUCGUCAAGCGUCAUAGCAAGAAUUCAAAAGAAAAUGCAAAAGUUUUUUUUUGGUGCCCGCCUGUACACAAAGUAAUGAGAAAAACAAAGGAUUGCAUUUUCAUUCAAAAGAAAGACUUUACAGUAAUUUUUUUUUCCUUUUUUAAGGAGACUUUCUUGUUACAUGUGAUAUGGGCAUUGAACCACACCUCUUCUGAGACUGAAAGUUGGAGUUCUUGUUUUGAGUCUUAUGUUUAUAGCGUUUAUUUCAGAACAAUAAAGAUUCAGAUUUGUGACAAAGGCCUAAAAGUGAAGGAUGUCCCUUGAAUGUGAGUGUGGUGUCUAUUUUUAAAACCAAAUCUAUAAGAUAUCUUUCUCAGAAGUGCCCUUUGUUAUGAAUUUUUGAAGACCUUAAAAUGCUUAAUUGGCACUGUUGCUUGCUGUUGGUGUGAUUGUCUGUGUGGCAGAUGUUAGAAAGAAUGACUGAUUUUGGAAGCCCUGGGUGGGAGUGUGCUAAUUUGUGUAGUAUGGAUUGGUCAUGGGUUGUGCCACAGUUUUCAGCUCCUCAUGAAGAUAAAGGCCUUAAACUCCUGCUGUUGUGUUUUAUUUCUUUGUUUAUUCCCCACCCAGUGGCAUGGCAUUUAAUGGCAGACCCUUUCAAAGUAGAAAGUUGUAGAAGAAAUGGCUCUGUGUGCAGAAUGGCUGAAAACUAGUUGCCUGUACAUCAGAUACUGAACACAGAUACUCUGGUACAGCAAGGCAGCUUCAGAUUUUUACUGCUAUUUAGGCUUUUUUGAUUGCUUUGUACAAGUGCAAUUUAUAUUUUAAAAGGGAAAAUUGGGAAGACUUGGUUUCAGGCUUUUCUUCUUACAUGUUUUAGACUGGAGGCGCUCCUGACUUUUUUUCAUCCCUGGAUGGUUUUCAUAAUAUAAAUGAAGAAGCAACUAUUUAAUCACCUACAUUUGACCAAGUAACAGGCUGUAUAUAACAGGAUAUUAAAUGUCACCCUGUUACUCGGCGUUCUGAGUCCCAAACUACUGUGAUUGCCCUUUUAGACAUUCAGUAUUCAUGACAACCUUUAUAUACAGUAGAAGUUUCUCACUCUACCUCCGUGCCCAGGAGACUCAAUGCCACCCUUGAGAAGGAGAGAGAUUUUAAUCAGUAAAUGUGAAAAACCAAAUCAGAAUGAAAGAAUGAAGCAUUUGCAACUUCUGCUUUACUAUAUAAAUGUAUUAUACAGACUGUGAUAAUACUGGAAGACUCAGUUGGUGAUCAAGGCCUGUGUGCCAAAUAUUUUAAGAAGUGAAAUAAGAAUAGAAAAUGUAAGCUAGGCAUGACUUGAAGAUCUUUGCCUCAGGGAAAUUACUUCUGUUUUGCACAUCCCUUAGUCAGACUAAGAAGCGUGAGUUUUCCUGUCCUUAAGGAAAGCUGUAUUUCCAAUAUGUUUUUUUUUUUAAGAAGGAGGGUGGAAAAAAAAGCAAAGGUAUGAAGAGAAAUAAGGGGUACCAACUCAUGCUGUGUGCCUGUGCUCUUUUUCUACUACCAAGUACCACACUUGCAGCUUCUCUUAGAGAUGUGCUUGCUGUGGGCUGUUCUGCAAGUCACCUUGAACUGUCGAAGCCUGGUUUCACCCAAGUGAGAAAAGCGCUGGCAGAAAAGAUACUUGAAAGAUUUCUGCUUGUACAAUGGCUAGUGUUUGUGUGCAUGUAAACAGAUGCACUACAGCUGCUCUAAAUAUGUUUUCCCCUAUUUUACAGAAAGUACCUAAUUUUAGACCUCGUGUAAGCUGCAGGAUUUCCCUUCAAUAUGUUACAAGUUAUCCAUUUGCAUUGCUGAUAAUCCUGAUUUCACUCAUAACAGAGUGCCUUUCAUUUAGGAAUUGCCCUACCCCAUAGAAAGCUUGUGCCAGAAUGAGAUUAAUUUCAACAGUCCUAAGACCUGCUGGUACAAUAAGGUCCUGAGAUGCACAGAUAAACAUGCACCGUGUAACUGAUGUCAAGGGAUGUACUGCUGUAUAUUAAAUCUCUUCAGGGAUGCUGAUUCUGAAAUGGCUUUCAAGUUCACUGCAAUGACUCUCCUUGCAUACUGUAUUUAGUCCCCACUACGGUGUUCUCUUUCCACCAGAAAUACUGGUCAGAAGAAUCUUUUAUAGCUUGAUUUUUUUAAAAAAUCAUUGCUUUUAGGUAACUGCAAGCUGUUGUGAAUUCAAUUUAAACAUUUGGCCCUAGAGGAUGAUAUUAGAGUGUAAAAGUAGGUGCGAUGCACCUACCAAUCUGAGUUAAGUACUUGCCAUUAAGGUGUAAGACACUGUGUAAUGUAUCAUUUGUAUCUGUUAAGGUUUUAUCAGUAUUCCUAUAAUAAAUCCAUGUUUCAGGGAUUUACAAUGUGGUUGUGUGAGUGAUUGAAAAUAAUCAGUUACUGUAAAACUUUGGGGAUUAAUGUAUUUAAACUAGUUGAAAUAGUUUUUCAAGUUUGAAUAAAAUAGAAUUCUAAGUCCUGUUUUUUUGCUUAAAACAGCAGUGAGGUGUACUGUUUCAGUGUGAAUUAAUGGCUCGUACAGUUUCAUUGUGAACUGAUCAUGUUUAUUAGCUGUUUUAUUACAUCACCUUACAGUUUAUUGUGGAUUAGUGCCAAUAGCUGUUAACAUUUGUUUUGUUUUUUAAUUUUGUGCAUGUCCACAAGUCAAAACUUGACUUCUGCUUUCUUUAGUCUUUGAAUUUUAGUCUUUGUUUUGCUCAGGUGUAUUUCAGUCUAUGGAAUUUUUUUUAAAGUUAUGCCUUAUCUUUCAGUGUUCUAAGAUGAAAGGUCACAUGUGAAAUAUGCUGCCACAGUAUGACAAAUUGAAGGUGAAAUGUCUUCCAAAAUUAAAUCAUAGUGGUGUCUAUCUUAAUGCUAUAAAUUUCACAUUAAUCUCACUUUCACUUCUUGACAUUAGUUGUUCCUAACAUCAUUAAUCACUUCUAGUUUUCUUAGGCAACUAACAGUUUUCAGUUUAAAAUCUGAAAACACCCACCUAUUCAUGGGAAAAGCCAUACUGGUAGAUCAAAAUGUAGUAUUUCUCCUAUGUAAAAAUGUGAUCUUGAAUUGAACAGUUGUGUCUGUUUACCUAUGUCUUUAACUAUAUAUGUAGUUUUGAUUCAGUUUCUCUUUACUGUUUAAAUUGGCUUCCUUAGUUCUUUACUGAUGGCUAUAAUUUCACUUUUCUAUGUAACAGGCUUUGAAUUUGGCUUUUGACAUGACCACGGACAUCAGCUUGGUACCUGUUUUGAGUAGCCUGGAUGAGGGCCCUGUGGUCUCUGUGGCUUUUGUUCAGGAUUUUGGGUUUUUUUUUGUAUUUGUCAAAAGCUUUGUGCAGAUACAGUGGUCAUGACUGCACAAAAAUUGCAAAAGGAACCAUAAGUUCAAUGUUUCUGAUGUUUUCAUAUUUUGAGCUAGUAAAUACUUCCUUCAAAGCAAAAUUUAGAAACUUGUACAGGUUUAGCUUUAUUAAGUGUGAUGAAUAAAAUGGUCUGUCAUAGAGCAGAAAACUUAUUUUGUCAUGCUGCCUCUUAGUUUUUCCUUAUUUGUUUUUGUGUAUUAUAAUUGUUCAUAAAAUCACUGAGGUAACUUAAUUCCAGCAAGACGGAUCAGUCUCAUUGUUGAGUCAACCUUAUUGAAGAGUUUCUUUGCUUCUGUGUGUAGAUGUAGGAAAUAGCACUUUAUCACAACUGUGAGUAACAGCAAACACUGUUCUUGAUUAUAUCCUAUGUUAUUAGGUGCUGAUAGAACAUCAUGAUCUUGGAAAUUAACUGUCAUUAAUUAUUCAUUGAAUGAAUACAGUUCCUGUAUUUGUACCUGUUGCAGUGCAUGUGAAUGAAGAGGGAAUGAACUUUCCUGUCUUCCCCAGCUGCAUCCCUUCACUCUCCUCCCAUGUAUCUCUUGAGUCAUAUAUGUGUUUUUAGGAAAGGACUUGGUAUUUCCUAAUAUACUCUUCCAUAGGGUCUUUCAGAGCCCAUUACAGAAAGGAUCAAAGACAACAUCCUGUCAUAUGUUUGAGUUAAUAGCACUGCUUUCCCUCCAGUUGCAGCUGGUUCCACUCUUGACACUUCCUAGUUGUUGAGGUCUGGUGCCAUACCUGCCUCAGGACAGUCUUCCCUCAGUCUCUCUCAGACCUAAGGCAAUGCCUGUUUGUUGCCUCCACGGUUCUGCUUUAUAUUGGUUUUGACAGUGAAGUUCCUGAUGCCUUCCUGAGGCAGUAGAAGUUUACUGGCAUAUACACAGCAGGCAUCUCAUAUUUACAAGUGAUGGCAAGAGUUUUGUUAAUUCUUUACCCAUCUCUAUUAUCAUUCUUCCUGUAUUUUUUCCUGUAUCUGUGAGAAAGGGCACUGAAUUAAUAGCCUGAACAUGCACUGCGAGGUUAUGUAGCCUGUGUUAUCUUAAUUUUUAUUUUAAUUUCAAGCCAGUGCCAGGUGCAUCACCAAAAUGAAAUUGGUGUAUCGCAUCAUCUGGAUUCUAAACUCUAAUCUUGUUCCUGUUUUUGUCCUAUUUAAUCAGAGUAUGACACUCUCUACGUAUUUGGAUCUCCUUGGCUUUUUCCCCUGAACAGUGACCAUAAUAACAAUGACAGAAGAUGUUAGUUAGUGAAUUUGUUUUCUAGGCCUUAGAUUGGACAGAUGUUUGUCUUGAUGAGCCAAACAUUAUUUCUUUAAUCCGGGUUGGUUCCAGUGUGUUUCUAUUGAAUUACUUACUACUUUGUAAGUUAUGAAAAUUUAAUGGUUGUGUCCUGUUUCUCUAGAAACUGUAUUGAUAAAGUUGCUUUCAAGACAUAAAGUUCUCUAGCUUCUUGAAUUAAAUUUCUUACCUAAUUAUGGCAAUUAAAGAAAGAAUCUCUCUCUGUUUCAGGGAUUUAUCCAUGAGUAUAUUUUUGUCAGCUCAGUCAUGAAUUAGUGCUGAUUAUAAAAUAAAGGUAAUUUUUGUUGAUUUUAA